UGCUCUCCGCCUCUCCCUCACUCCCUCUGGAAGUCUGGAGUCUGGAGAUUGCACGGCUGAUUGUUUGUGUUGGAUUCGAUCUAUGCUGAGUUUUGCACGCAGGAGCAGAGUCACGGCAGUCUCUUUGCUUUCGCAAUUUGUUUGCUCCGUCUCCAGUAAUUCAGCUGCGAGCCCUAGCUUGUCGAUAUGGAGGAGGAAGAAGGAAAUGACCAAAGAGGGGUUGUUUGCGGCGAAGGAGCUCAAGCGCCUUCGGUCCAAUCCCAUCCGCCUUGACCGCUUCAUGCAAUCACAAGUGUCCCGUUUGCUCAGGACGGAUCUCCUCGCCGUUCUGGCUGAGUUCCAGCGUCAAGGCCAGGUGUUCCUAUGCAUGAAGCUUUAUGAAGUGGUGCGUAAAGAGAUAUGGUACAGGCCAGACAUGUACUUUUUCAGAGACAUGCUUAUGAUGCUUGCAAGAAACAAAAAUGUUGAUGAAACAAAACGUGUAUGGCAAGAUUUGAAGGAGGAGGAAGUUUUGUUUGAUCAGCAUACAUUUGGAGACAUCAUGAGAGCCUUCUUAGAUAGUGGAUUACCCUCAGAAGCAAUGGUCAUAUAUGAUGAAAUGCGAAAUUCACCUGAUCCCCCUAUAUCUUUGCCUUUCCGAGUGAUUUUGAAGGGGCUUAUCCCAUACCCUGAAUUAAGGGAGAAGGUGAAGGAUGACUUCUUGGAACUUUUUCCUGACAUGAUUGUCUAUGACCCUCCUGAGGACUUAUUUGAAGAUCAAAAAUGGAGAAGGGAGAGCGACAGUGAUUAGAUGGUCGAAAUGAAACAAUGUUCUUUUGCUGUAACUAGUGCCGGAAGAAAUUAGAGGCAUACAUGGCUCAGAACUUCUUUGUAGAUCUACUCCUUGAUGUCUCGGGAGCUCAGUCAAUGGUGUUUUGAAUAUUUAAGAUUUCGGCCUUUCGGGUAGUUUGCUAAAAUGUUAAAGUUCGUCAUGACUCUUCUUGAAGUGAUCAAGAAGGUCUCAGCCAGUCACGAACCUUGUGGAUUCCAGUCUGAUUAUCCAUUCAUUCUCAAUCCUGAUGAUGUUUUCCCAACUUGAAGCCGAAACAUGAAAAACCAGGUCGCACUGCCCUCGCCUAUUCCAUUACUGAGUGGCAACUCCAGCUCCCAACUCAUUGUUUCGGCCAAAAAAGUUUUAUAAAAAAACUAAGGCGGAAGCUUAUUGUUGAGAUUUGAAGCCAAAGGUGAGCUAAAUUAUUGUUGGCACUAAUAUUUUGCAUUGCUCACAUUCUCUUAGUUGGGUGCGACUUUGAUAUGGAACUUUGAAUUCACAUUUGUGUCGGAAUAUAUUUUUAAUGCUAUUUCAAAUCAACUUUCAAUCGUUGUUA